UCGACUCGACCGUUCUGAGUUUGUGAAUCUAUCGUAAUACAUUUAUACACUUGCAGAAAAGGUUCGUUGUUUUGCCAUUUCGUUAAUGAUGGAGGAAAGUUACACACUCAGUCAGCAUUAUGAGGAAAAAAUUCGCCCUUGCAUCGAUAUUAUCGAUAAAUUGCGAUCUUUGGGAGUGGAAAAAGAUCUGGCGCUGCCUGCCAUCGCCGUCAUUGGAGAUCAAAGCUCGGGGAAAAGCUCUGUUCUGGAGGCAUUAUCAGGUGUAGCUUUACCCAGGGGCAGCGGCAUCGUCACAAGAUGCCCACUGGAGCUGAAGAUGAUAAGAUCUAAGGAUGAAGAAUGGCAUGGAGUAAUCAGUUACCAAAACUACAGUGAAGAGUUUUAUUACCCAGAGGAUGCAGAGGAAAAGAUCUGUGAAGCCCAGGAUGAGAUAGCUGGAUCAGGGCUUGGUAUUAGUGAUGAGCUCAUCAGUCUGCAGAUCAAGUCUCCCAAUGUUCCUGAUCUCACACUCAUUGACCUGCCUGGGAUCGCACGAGUUGCAGUCAAGGAUCAACCUGAAAAUAUUGGACAGCAGAUCAAAAGAUUGAUCAGGAAGUUUGUUACAAAGCAAGAAACAAUCAACUUAGUUGUGGUGCCGUGUAACGUCGACAUUGCGACCACAGAAGCGUUACAGAUAGCUCAGAAUGAAGAUCCUGCAGGCGAGAGGACUUUAGGCAUCUUAACAAAGCCAGACCUGGUGGAUAAAGGCACUGAAGAGACCGUGAUUGACAUUGUGCACAAUGAGGUCAUUCAUCUCACUAAAGGCUACAUGAUCGUCAGGUGCAGAGGACAGAAAGAGAUUUUUGAUCAGGUCACUCUCAAGGAAGCCACAGAAACAGAGAAGGCCUUUUUCAAAGACCAUCCCCAUUUCAGCACGUUGUAUAAUGAAGGCUUUGCAAGUAUUCCCAAGCUGGCUGAGAAGCUUACAAAUGAGUUAGUUCAUCACAUUCAGAAAUCCAUGCCUCGCUUAGAGGAGCAAAUCGAAGCAAAGCUAGCUGAAACAGAGAAGGAACUGGGGAGAUAUGGUGAUGGACCUCCAUCAGAGCCUACAGAAAGACUUAGCUUUUUGAUUGAUAAAGUUACAGCAUUCACUCAGGACACAUUAAACCUGGCAAACGGGGAUGAGGUUAAAUGUAAUUCAGAGCUCAUCAUUUUUCAAGAGCUUCGGGAUGAAUUUGCACGAUGGAAGUUGCUCUUGGAAAGCUCUGGAGUUAAGUUCAACAAGAAGAUUGAGAGAGAGGUUGGUAACUUUGAAGCCAAGUAUCGAGGGAGAGAGCUUCCGGGUUUCAUCAAUUACAAGACUUUUGAGAAGCUGGUCCGAGAACAGAUACAAAAAUUAGAGGAACCUGCAAUAAAAACACUCAAGACCAUCUCAGAUGUGGUCAGAAAGAAAUUUAUCAAACUGGCCCAAAACAGCUUCAUUGGAUUUCCUAAUCUUCUUAAAAUAGCAAAGACUAAGAUUGAAGACAUCAAGGAGGAGAAAGAAUCGCUGGCUGAGUCCAUGUUGAGGACUCAAUUCAAGAUGGAGCUUAUUGUUUACAGCCAAGAUGGCACAUACAGUCAGAGCCUUCAACAUACAAAGGAGAAAGUGGAGCAGGAGGAAGAGGAAGAAGAUGAAUAUUUAGAUCAAGAUGCUUCCUUGAACGAGAUGAAACUUCACAUAGAGUCCUACUACUCUAUUGCAAGCAAGCGUUUAGCUGACCAGAUCCCAAUGGUGAUCCGCUACCUGCUUCUCCAAGAGGCUGCGGUGGAGCUGCAGAGAAACAUGUUGCAAUUACUGCAAGAGAAGGAUGCUGUAGAUGAUCUGCUUAAAGAGGACUACGACAUCGGCCAGAAGCGGGAAAAUUUACUUAACCGCAAAAAGCGUCUAUUAAACGCACAACACCUCCUGAUAACCUUCGUUUAAAGCUCACGUAACACACGCUGUUUCUGCAUUUCUGAUAUCAAUCUGGAGUACCUAUAGAGUAGUAUGACAUCCUUUAUAUCUCUGAAGAGUCUUUAGUUUAAUCAGAUUUAUAAAAGAAAGAUUAGCUUUACCGAAUCUUUCCGAUAACGUACGAAAAAAUGAAGAAGGAGGAGUUAUAACACGGGAGGAGCGAGUACGAGUCAUGCAACACUAUACAAAACCAUUUUAACUUAUGAUUCACUACAUGUUCGUGUCAUUUAUAUAAUAUACACGCGCCUAUUUCCAACAUAAGACAGAAGUCUUACUUACCACGUGUAACUCGUCAUGACCCGGUUCUGAAAAUCCACCGCAUCAAACACACACGCAAAACUCCGCUGCUAAUCCGGAUAAUAAACUAUAUCCAUUGUUUCCAUAAGGCUGGAUGUCUUCUCCUUACAUCCAAAAACACACUUCUUGUUGUGCCAUUGUUGACUUUUGAAAUUAAACAAAGCUGAGUGGCGUGAUAAGCUGUUAGCAAGCUCUAGCGUCUCCCGCUGACUGACAGCUGGGCGGGUUUUCCGGGGGAAGUUUUCCGGCGGAAGCCCAUAUAAAGAAGUGAUGCGUAUCGAAAACCCCUGAAACGUCAGUUAGAACCGUAAUCGAAAAAAAUUAGCCGAAACUUGUACGAACCCUGGCGAAGUGCAUUCGGUACAGAAAUACUCUGAAACACGCCCAACUGCAUUUUUGACACUUUGCCUACGUUUAGCAUGAGGAAACAACUCUAUAACUGUGUUAAUAAGUCAGAAUGCUUAAAAUACCAUUAACCCCCCCCUUUAAUAUAUGUGAUUGCAAUAUUUUAAUGCGACACAAUCAUAUAUUGGUGGUGGAGAAACUUAUCCUGAACAUCUGAAAUGCAAAAGUCAUGUUUUUUAUUAUUUAAAGGGGUCAUUUCACAAGACUUUUUGGGGUGGUUUCCCAGACAGGGAUUAGCUUAAACCAGGACUAGGCCUUAGUUUAAUUAGGAAAUAUAACUAGUUUUAACAAACAUGCCUUACUAAAAACAUAACUUUUAUGCAUUUUGAGGCAAAACAAAGGGCCCUGGUGUAUUUUAAGAUGUCUCAGUGCAAGUUGUUUUCAGUUUUGACAGCUCUAACAUUUAUUUUAGUGUAGGACUAGUCUAAUCCCUGUCCGGGAAACCGCCCCUUUAAGAUGUAAAAUAAAUCUUUGUUGUCCCCAGAGUACAUAUGAGAAGUAUCUUAAAGUACCUCAAAAUAUCAUAUAGAUAAUUUAUUAUAGCAUGUAAAAAUUGUCACUUUGUAGGUGUGAGCAACAAUGUACAAUGUUUUGGGUGUGUCCUUUAUAAUACACAUGAGCUAAUCUCUGCACAAAAUGGCGGUGCUGUGGUCGGAUAGUGUAGAUUAAUGGGCGGUAUAAUCCCCUUCUGACAUCACAAGGGGAGCCAAAUGUCAAUUACCUAUUUUUUCACAUGCUUGCAUGAGAAUUGUUAACCAAAACUAAGUUACUGGGUUGAGCUUUUUCUAGGUUUAUAGAAGCACUUGGAACCCAAUUAUAGCACUUAAACAUGGAUAAAGUCAGAUUUUCGUGAUAUGUAAACAUUCUGAAGUAACCCGCCUGCUGUUAACCUAAUUUUAAUGAAUGUUGUAUGAAUGUUAUAGUCUUUUGAAUGCUAUUUAUUUAUAAAGUAUUUAUUGAUAUGCUUCAUUUGUAUUAAGGCAGCUUUAAACAUUAAACUUACAAAUUAACAUAACAUCUAGCAACCAGCCAUAACACUCUGACAACUAUUCUGUAUAUCUGAUAGACUGUGUGCCCUUAAAAACCUUAAACCUCUAGUUAAUAAAAAGUUUCUGGCCAACAUA